UGCACCGCUCAUCCCAUUGCCAUUUGCAAAGAAGCUUGCGACUUUAUAUCUGCUUCUACUCCAUCUCUAAACCCACCCACGUCUACCCAAAAGGAAGGAAAAGGAAGAGUUAUCCGGUUCUUUCAGAGUCUUUCCUCAUCUGGGUUCGCUGUCUUUUUUCAAGAUUUGGUGGAAAAUAGACUCAAGACAAUGGAUUUUGCGCAUUUCUUGUUCGGAAUCUUUGGAAACGCUACUGCUCUGUUCCUCUUCUUGGCCCCAAUAAUUACUUUUAAGAGGAUCAUAUGGCACAAGUCCACAGAGCAGUUUUCGGGCAUUCCAUACGUGAUGACCAUGCUCAAUUGCCUCCUUUCAGCUUGGUAUGGCCUUCCCUUUGUGUCUCCUAACAACAUGUUAGUGUCAACAAUCAAUGGCACCGGUGCAGGAAUCGAGUUCAUAUACGUGGUGCUCUUCAUCAUAUAUGCACCCAAGAAAGAGAAGGGUAAGAUUUUGGGACUCCUGACGUUUGUGCUGGCCGUGUUUGCGGCGGUGGCCUUGGUUUCCCUCUUUGCCCUGCAUGGCAAGGGCAGGAAGCUCUUCUGUGGCUUUGCUGCUACCAUAUUCUCCAUCAUCAUGUAUGCCUCACCUCUAUCAAUUAUGAGGAUCGUGGUUAGAACUAAGAGUGUGGAAUUCAUGCCAUUUUUCCUGUCGCUGUUUGUGUUCUUGUGUGGCACUUCCUGGUUUGUCUUUGGUCUGCUUGGCCAUGACCCUUUUGUUGCUGUGCCCAAUGGGUUCGGGUGCGGGCUGGGGGCCGUGCAACUGAUACUGUACUUCAUCUACCGUAACAACAAGGGAGGGAGCAAGAAACCUACUCCAGAACCAGAAGAAUCUGUGGAGAUGGGGCUUCCAAAACCUCAUAAUAACCAAGAGAAGCAAUCAAACGGAAAUGGAGUUCAGCAUGGGCACGACUAGGCACGUGACACACACUGACAAACUUGAGUUGUUCAUAUCAUUGGACCACCCGGCCACCAUCAUUUUCAAUAAUCCUGUUCGUUUCAAAUUUCCCUUCUCUAAGUUGUUGUAGCUAGGCUCCUGUGAUGACAACGCCAUGUUGUAUACGAACGAAAUAAUAUCGUUUUUCUUCAAAAAUAUCAUAGAUACCCCUGUGCAUCUAUGAUAUUAUAAAGGGUGAGAAAACUUUACCUCCUCUUUGAUUGUAUCGUUUUUCUAACGACUUAAUGGAAUAAGAUAUC